ACAAAGCGCAGUGACAGAUGCUCUGGCCCCGCCUCAUCGCGGCUGCCUGUUGCCAUGGGAGCGGGUGUUUCCGGUGUGCGGCCUAUUCCUGCGUCACCCUGGAGUUGUGUCCGAGCUGAGAAGAGCGGGGAGAAGGCAGAGAGCGGGCACAGAGGGUAUCUGAGCGGACUGUAGAUUGAGAGUCAUGGCUCCAGACAAGCCGGAUGGAGAGCAGCAAGAAGAGCGCAGUCUCAUUGGAGCGCCUACAAGAGAAGAGGAGGAAGAGAAAGAAGUGAGACCUACCGACCUAUCAGAGCUCCUGAAGGAAGGCACAAAGGAAUCUCACGACAAGGCUGAAAAUACCACGUUUGUGAAGGACUUUCUGAAGGGGCGGAUCAAGAGGGAACUGUUUAAGCUGGCCACCACUGCGCUCUUCUAUACAUACACCGCUCUGGAGGAGGAACUAGACCAGAAUAAGGAGCACCCAGCCAUCGCCCCGCUAUAUUUCCCACAGGAGCUUCACAGGGCUGAGGCUCUGAAGAUGGAUCUUCUCUAUUUUUAUGGAGAAGACUGGGAGGAGGUCAUCCAGUGCUCAGAGGCUACCAAAGCCUACGUGGAGCGCAUCCACCAUCUGGGCACUCACCAGCCAGAGCUGCUGGUGGCUCAUGCCUACACCCGCUACAUGGGGGACCUGUCGGGAGGUCAGAUCUUGAAGAAAGUGGCUCAGAGAGCCUUGCAUCUGCCCAGUGAGGGGCAGGGUGUCCAGUUCUACAUGUUCGAUAAUGUCACUAAUGCCCAGCAGUUCAAGCAGCUGUAUAGGGCCCGAAUGAACACACUGGACCUGGACAGUGAGACCAAAGGGGGGAUCGUAGAGGAGGCUAACCGUGCCUUCCGGUUCAAUAUGGAGGUGUUUGAUGAGCUGGAUAAAAUAGGAGCUACAAUUUCCGAUGAGCCUCAGGGUGCUGCUGGUCUCCCAGUGCAUGACGGGAAGGGAGAUCUCCGCAAGUGCCCCUAUUAUGCUGCUAAAGAAGCAGCCACCGGAGCCUCAGGUUGUCCAUUUCAUUCUGCACUGGCCAUUGCAAGUCGCCCAGAAGUCAAAGCCAUUUUAGCUGCCUUUGCUGCCGCCGUCGCUGCCAUCAUCGCUUGGUACUGGAUGUGAUGCCAGCCGGAUGACAACUCAUGGGAUUCUAACAAAACUGGGACAUUAUGUCUGUUCAGCAACAGAGGUGGCUGGAUGACACGGAUGUGGUGUAGAGUAUACUGUCCAGCCCUAUGCCUAACCUUCCCAUAAUCCUUUAGUUCCCCUAAGGAAAGUACAUCCAGCAGAGCUGGGUGCAACCUCCCGUCCUGCCCGCUGCUUUACCAAGCACACACUGCUGUUACUAGGCCCUCAUUCUGCCUAUUUUCUAGACUGCCGUAGCAAAGCCGCUACAGCCAAAGGGCUCCGACUAUAUAAAAGUACAAAUCUCCCUUUCAUGCCAGAAAUGGGAGAGUAUCUUUAGCAGUCGAGGGCCGUUAUUUUAGUCUGGCUACAGAGUACACAGGAGCUUUGUGUUGAGGACAAGUCCACCCCAAACUGAUAUUUCAAAUAUUGCUGGUGGCUUGAAUCGCCCCUGGAUCUCUAAUAUCCCUCAGGGCCUCAUGGGGAAACGAUCUCUACUGGGGUUCCCAACUCUGAUGUAAAAUGCGAGCGAUUCAACCCCGGCAAAAACUGACCUUUCAGCUGGAAGGGGAUUGACCAUUUAAUAAUGAGGUCUAACGAGCAAUGAUAAGCAGGUAUUGACAGCAGCCAGUCAGAUUUCAGCUCUGCAAAUAUGAAUAGAAGCUGAGUUCUGGUUGGAUUACUGCUGUACCCUAAAUCAGUGGUCAUCACCCCUGUCCUCAGGGCCCACUAACAGGCCAGGUUUGCAAGAUAACUGAAAUACAUCACAGGUGAUAACAUUUGCUGCU